GCAGCCUCUUUGCUGACACCGCCGCGCCCCCACCACCGAUACAGAGGAGUCGGUGCAACCGAAACGGUGCAGAGACUGGUAGGUUUGGUGCCUCGUCGCCGUCGCGCUCAGCAAACAGUGGAGUGGAGUAUCCUACUACCUUGACCAAUGGCCAAUGCUACCUAGCUCUAGCUGUGCUCUUGCCAUAUCCGUCGAGCCGAAGCAACCAGCAGCCCCAUUUCGAUACGCGCGAGGGAGCCGGAUCGGGAUCGGGAUCGGGAUCGGAAGAGAAGUGUGGGCGGGCACACAAGAGACACACAGGGAGGGAGGGGGAACCGGGGAACAUUCCAAUCAACUGCCGAUGCAGCGGGACGCGAGAAGCUGGUCGCCGGCGGCGGCCACGGAGGCCGGCGGCCGCCCUUACGCGAUGCCUUCGCCCGUGCAGCCGUCGUCCACGAGCACCAAGGAGACGGUGAAGAAUGCACUGUCGCGGUGGGGGCGGAAGGUCGGCGAGGCGACGAGGAAGGCCGAGGAUCUGUCGCGCAACACAUGGCAGCACUUGAGGACGGCGCCUAGCAUCGCGGAGGCCGCGGUGGGGAGGAUCGCGCAGGGGACCAAGGUGCUGGCGGAAGGCGGCCACGACAGGAUAUUCCGGCAGGCCUUCAGCGCCCCGCCGGACGAGCAGCUGCGCAAGUCCUACGCGUGCUACCUCUCCACGGCCGCCGGCCCGGUGAUGGGCGUCAUGUACCUGUCCACGGCCAGGGUCGCCUUCUGCAGCGACAGCCCCCUGUCCUACGAGGCCUCCGGCGGCGACAGGACGGAGUGGAGCCACUACAAGGUGGCGAUUCCUCUUCACCGGCUGAGGGCGGCGAGCCCGUCAGCCAACAAGCUGAAGCCCGCGGAGAAGUUCAUCCAGCUGGUGUCGGUGGACAGCCACGAGUUCUGGUUCUUGGGCUUCGUCAACUACGACAGCGCGGUAGCGCACCUGCAGGAAGCGCUGAGCGGCUUCCGCAACCUGCAGGCGUGACGUACGUGAAUUGAUUCAACAGAGCGUUUCUUCUGUUCCCCUUGUCGAAUCGUUUCAUUCAGAUUUCAGAGAAGAGACCAUGAUUAUCCUGGUGUGGUUGCCAUUGUCUGCGAGAGAACAGUCGAAUCGUUUCAUUCAGAUUUCAGAGAAGACCAUGAUUAUCCUGGUGUGGUUGCCAUUGUCAGCGAGAGAACAGUCGAAUCGUUUCAUUCAGAUUUCAGAGAAGACCAUGAUUAUCCAUGGCGUUGGCUGUAAUGAUCAUGGGCCAGAUUAACCUGUGGAUGUCACGAUUGUUUUUUAAAGUGAUUAAGUGAUCAUGUCUUGCAA